AUGGCACAAAAUACGAAGCCAGAGAUUGCCUUCAUUGGCCUCGGAGCCAUGGGCUUCGGAAUGGCCACGAACUUGGUUAAGCAGGGUUACCCAGUGACAGGCUUCGACAUCUGGGGGCCGACAUUGGACAAGUUCAGAGUAGCGGGCGGUGCCACAGCGACGACACCGGCAGCAGCCGUCAAGGACAAAGAUCAUUGCGUGUGCAUGGUUGCAACAGCUCAACAGGCACAAGCCGUGCUCCUGGACGGCCCCGACCCUGCCGUUCCCGCCAUGCCUCAGAACUCGACGCUUCUCCUCUGCUCCACUGUGCCGUGCGCCUACGUCCAGUCCCUAGAGAAGCAGCUCGCAGAGCGAGGCCGAGGCGACAUCCUUCUGAUCGACUGUCCAGUCUCUGGCGGAGCCGGCCGGGCCGCGGACGGCACGCUUUCCAUCAUGGUCGGCGGGUCGGACGCCGCGGUCGCGAAGGGCCGCUUCCUGCUGCAAGAGAUGUCCGACGCGAGCAAGCUCUACAUUGUGGCUGGCGGCAUCGGAGCGGGCAGCAACAUGAAGAUGUGCCACCAGGUGCUGGCCGCGGUGCAGAUCUUGGGAGCUAGCGAAGGGAUGGGCUUCGCCAGCCGGCUCGGCCUCGACCCGCGCGCGGCAGGCGAGCGGUGCCUGCAGUCGAAGGCGCGGAGCUGGUUCCUCGAGCACAGGCUGCCGAGGAUGCUCCACCCGGAGUUCCAGCCCGUAGCCAGCGCGCUCACCAUCAUCCUGAAGGACACGAGCAUCAUCACGUCCGAGGCGCGGCGGUACGGCUUCCCCACGCCCUUGACGAGCACGGCGGAGCAGGCAUAUUUCUCCGCAGUGGGCCGAGGCUGGGGCGCCGACGACGACGCAAGCCUCAUUCGUCUCUACACCGAAGGAGCCGGCAAGGUCGGCCAGGUUGCUGGCCUGGCCGAGACCGAAGAGGCCAAGACCUCUCUGGUCGUCAACCUUCUCAGGGGUAUCAACCUCUGCUCCGCGACGGAGGCGCUAUCCUUCGCGAAGCGCGUCGGUCUCGAUCUCGACCAAGUCUUGGAUCUUUGUGUCAAUGCCGCGGGCGGGAGCACCAUGCUGCAGGAGCUCGGCCCGGAUCUGGUCAAAGCUCUUCAGGGAGACGCCGGAGCACCCAAUGGAGGCUUGAAGCUCCAGGAAAUCGCAACAGGGCUACAAGAGGCCGUAGAGGAGGCGCAGCGGCUCAAAAUACCGGUGUAUCUUGGGAGUGCCGCAUUGAACUUGAUAAGUAUUGGUGUCUUGCAUAAUCCGGCGAAGGCAGAUGAUAUCACCGCGACUUCCAUAGCAAGACUUUGGACGCCAUGA